AUUCGCCAGUCGCCACCCUGUUGAGCUCUCUGUGGCUCGGCUAGUAAGGCUUCUUCCGCGCUCCAAGCACCUUGAUUGUCACCGCCCAGCUUUUGCGUACCCUAGCAUGGCGCCAGACGCGCCAGCUCCGAUCAAUGUAAUCAUAAACGCGUCUCCGGGCAUAGACGACACUUUGGCGAUUCUUGCAGCCUUGAAAUGCCCGACAAUCCGUGUGCUCGGCAUUGCCACGUCAUUCAGUCACUACGUGACGUGUGAAGCCGCCACGCGCAACGCUCGAGGCCUGUGCAUAGCAGCAGGUCGCCCAGACACUCCUGUUGUUCAGGGCGCCACAGCACCGCUUUCAACCGCUCCACAUCCAGGUCUAAACACCCCCGAGACCACUGCAACUGCCAGCAGCAGCAGCAGCACCCUUAACACUUCCUCCCUGCCCUCUCGCUCCUCGUUUCUGGGCCCGGACGGCCUGGCGGGAGUGCUGCUGCCUCCAGUAUCCACAGAGAGUGGCCAAGGCGGCAAACCUGCACGUGGUAUCACUGGCAGCCUAGCUUCUACCCAUAUCGCUGCUGCUAAUGUCGGGGAUGGAAGUGGGAGGGACGGUGGGGAGCAGCUGAAUGCGCAGGAGGACAGUGCACAGAAGGGUGCGGAGGAUAAUGCACAGGAGGGGGCGGAGCAGAGAGCAUGCGAGUGGGUGUGCGAGGAGGUGGCACGGAGACCAGGGCAGAUCACCAUCAUGCAGCUCGGACCCAUGACCAACCUCGCCCAGGCCCUGUCUCUCCGCCCCUCCCUAGCCUCCGAGGUGGCUGCCAUCUGGGUGGUAGGGGGGUCGUUCUUCGCCAGUGGGGAUGUCAACGCUGCUGCGGAAGAGAGUGUGUUUGCAGACCCGGAGGCAGCGGAUCAGGUGUUAACCAGUGGAGCUAACAUCCAUGUCUUAGGGCUCAACGUUACCACACGAGUUACACUCACAGGGUCAGACCUUUCCUCUCUGUGCUCAGAGGUGGCGUCUCCAGCAGCACAUGACGCCACGACUUCGCCUGCAGCAGCAGCAGCACCAUCCCUAGUGGCACGGCUAGUGCAGGCAUACGCCAGCCACCACAAGCAGUCAGAUCACAUGGAUGGCAUCUUCCUCCAUGAUGCGUGUGCAGUGGCAGCGAUCCUAGACCCCUCAUUGUUCUCCUUCAAGCCGGGCAGCGUGCGCGUGGAGACCACAGGAGUGGCCCGAGGGUGCACGCUCAUGGACUACUCGCUGAAGAAUUGGAACGGCCCCAACCCGUGGGUGGGAGUGCCGCCAGUGCACGUGGCCAUGGCAGUCGAUACUGCUAAGGUGGCUGCCACAAUCACUCAGCUCCUGGCUGCUGUCAGAUGAUGUCAGGAGGACCCAGGGCUGCUCGCGUGGCACAUGGCCAGAUGGGCACAGGGGAGUGCCACAUGGGAGUGCCGCGUGUGCAUGUCGCCAUGGCUAUCGAUGCCGCAAACGUGACAGCCACAACUACUGUAAUCCCCCGGAUAUAACACCCGCCGAAAUUAAGCACCCACUGGAGUUAUAUCCGGGGAGGGUGUUCUAUUGAAGAAUCCGCAAUUAUACACCCUCUUUUUGAGGGUUCCAGGAGAGCACCCCCCCUUACCAUUUUAGCCCUUCUAAGCCUUGCAACUCCUGGAACAAAUACCGAUUUUUCAUGCGAUUUCAUGGUAAGCACGACCAUUACGCAAAAGUUCAAUUUUACCGAGGCGCGCAGGGGGAUUCUCCGGUACUGAAAAUGACGGGGUGAAACAAAUCAUUACCUGGAAA